UUUUACCCGGAUCAUCUCCUGCACCUAUACCAAGUAGAGAAGGGUGCGGCUGAUAUGAUCUAUACUUACUCCGCCGCUAGGCUUCAGACAAUACCAGCCCGGGUUACCCCAUGAACCCGAAUCAGGCAGUACCCCGGUCAUCAGAUGUUCCGUCCCAGUGAAGUUAUGCCGUCGAUAUGUCGAUUUGAGUGACGGAGGAGCACUCCUCUCAAUCUGACAAGGUCCAUACUAUAUAACCGGCCAGACUACCUUAGUUCUCACUGAAGUCACCACUUGGAUUUUUAAAACCUCAACGCAUACGCGUAGCCACAUAUUUUCCCAGCCCCUAUUGACUCAGUAACACUACAAGCCAUCAUACAGCCAGAAUGUCUCGAGAACUCAUCAGCUCUGCCGAAUUCCCUCCCAAGCCUCACAACUGCCCGGCCGUUAAGGUCCCCGGUCUUGUCUUUUGCGCCGGCCAAACCGCGACAGGCGAGAUCAAGCAGGCCACUCACACCGUCUUGUCCAACCUCCAGAAAGUCCUUGAGCUCGCGGGUUCAUCACUCGACAAGGUCGUCAAGUACAACGUCUACCUCAAGGACAUGAAGGACUUUGCGGCCAUGAAUGAGGUUUACAUUGCUUUCCUUCCUCCCAAUCCUCCUUCUAGAACCUGUAUCCAGGCCGGCGACCUCCCUGGAGAGGGUACUAUCAUUGAGAUUGAGUGCAUUGCCCAGGCAUAAGCGAGAGAUAGAAGCAAUUGUAACUUAGGAGGAAAGAAGCAGGGGUUGGGAUUGUAGCAUUCAUUCCAUCGUACUUGAAGGUACAUGCAACUAGCAUUUGAUCAUCC